CGCUGUUUCUAGGUGUGCUGGGUCACUUUAACUGACCCGGGAGGAGGUUCCUGUUCGAGUUCCUGUUUUUGAUUUCCUGAUAGCCUACUUACUGUUUGCUUCAAUUUGUAAAGUUUUACGCUGGACAGCAUAUACGGACUCUUCAUCGGAGUGACAAACAAGCUAACGACUACAAGACUGCAAGCUCGAAGACUUUCUGAUAAGUUUUAUUUUUAAUUUUCGUUAAGAUGGAGGAGGCAUAUGCAGCGCUGUACCAGGAGUUUGUCCGUCUCCAGUCACUCUGCUUAAAACAAGCAGCAAUGCUGAAACAUCUCUCUGACACAGUGCAACGACAACAAGGGUUGGCCACCGCUCCAGCUAGGAUUUUUGAAAACCCGUGCCAUUUCACAGAGGAAAAGAUGGGACACCUACUCCAUCCUGCAGAAUGCCAUGAAUCUCAAAGACUGAAUCUCGCUGAAACACACAUACUGAACUCUCAAUCUGCUCAUGAUCUCAGUCACAUUGAUAGAGGACUAGACAAACUGCAUCUUAACCUGGACAUGCUAGAUCUGAAACAAGGUAGCCACGAUAAUGCGGUUUUCCACAAUCCUGUAAAGACGCCAGAAAACAGCGCCUGGGAUGACCUGAGGAAAGUUGAGCAACAUUAUCAUGCUAACCAGACUUCACAACGGCUGCGGAGACCCUGGUCAUCCUCGUUUCUGGACAGUGAGUUGGUCAGUCAAGCCGGAGGGCUGUUCAUGUCAGGAGUGACGCUGCAGUCGCAGGUGUGCGAGUUCUGUCACGCCGUGUUUCCAGGACACACGAGCACCCGCGGCGAGUUUCUGCGUCACCUCACUACACACAUGACUUGAAGAAAAGCAGUGCUGGGAAUCAAAUUCAUUAAAAAAAUGAAGAAAUGAGAGAUGAUAAGUGAACACUGAUAAUGUCAGUAAUGGACAGUAAUAUGUUUGAUUUUGAAACUAUUUAAGGUUUGGUCAGUGAUGGUCAAGAUAUCUUUUUAUUAAAUUGUAAUGCACACAAAGCUGUAGUGCAAACACAUAAUAUCAUAAAGCAGGAAGAACAACAAAAAUGUUAUGCAUGCAUGUCUUUGCUUAUCAUUAUUAUGAUUCAUCUGCCGUUUCAUCUUUUAAUUAUUUGGUUCCAUCAGAGAAAAGUGUCUGUAUUGUACAAAUAGAAAUGGGAAUAUAUUAUAUUAUUUUUCUAAAUGAUUUACUCUUUUUACCCAAAUGCUGUAUUCUCACUACAGCGCAUGAUAGUGAAUAGUGCUGUCUAUCAAUUAAAGAUUAAAUACUUCAGUAAAAUGA